AUGUCAUCAUCUUCUUCAGGGCUUAAGAGCCAGAGAACAGAAUAUGUUUUUAAUAAAGACUUUGUGCCAUUAUUCACUAACCUCACAUUCCGUGAUGUAUCACAAUCCUUUACAGAAUACCGAGCUUUAUUACAGCGCAAGUAUGAUACUGAAAUAUUUCGACAGUUAAAUGAAAAACUUGAUGAAAUUGAAUUCAUGCUUGCUCAAAAGGAAGCCGAUAUUCAAGCGGCCCAUGCAGCUUCUCACAAAAUCCGUCUCCAGCUUUACGAUCUUGAAACACAGUACUACCAGAACCCCAAAGAUCUACACGUUCUCGAUGAAACUUUUAUAAAUCAAUCAAAUACCACAGACAAUAUGGAUCAUUGGGACAUUGAGUCUCGAAUGUCAAACAUUUCACUGGUUGAUCCACAUGCUGAAGGCAGACUUACGCCUAGCAAUUUCGUCAAUUCCAAUGGCGAUAGAUCUCACAAUACUGCAUCUCUUAAUAAUCACCUUGCUCAACAAGAAGAGUUUGGGGAAACAUUUGCUCAUAAACUCUCGGAAAACGAGCAUGCAAAUAAUCAUACUUUUAAACUGCGUCCUACCACUGGAGAUACCAACAUGGCACUAAAAUCUUCUGUUCCAUCUACCCCGGAAAUCGCCCGAGCAAUCCCCACAGGCACUGCAAGUUCCAACACCCCUUCUGCUUCAACCAGCAGAGUUAAUGGUGUCACCAGUGCGCCAACCCCACCACUACACCAUCCUACCUUGAACCGUCCUCCCACUGCACAAUCAGCAAUGACCCAGCACGAGUCGGUAGCAAUUGCAGCAGCGUCUAUCACAGCACAGGACAUGUCGAGUGCAUCCACAACGUCUGCCGGCCGGACCCUUGCAGCUACAACUACUGCUUCGACUUCUCGCAAUUUGCCAUGGCAUAUCAAGCGUGACCAACAGCAAGGCUUCCUUGUUGUCAAGAUCAAAGGCCAAGUGGGAGCUUAUUCAAACAAACUUGUUGAAAAACUUAUAAUGAAAAUUAAUUCAGCACGCUCAAAUGGAAUCUUAAUCUCUUCAGGUGCCGUCACUAAGCGCGGUAACAUUAGACUUUCAUUUGCUCCAAAUAUUACCUUCCAUGAUUUGGAAAUCGCCCGUGCAAUUCCCAUUAGUAUCGAGCCUAUUGACUGCUCUGACUGGCUCUUUUUGUCAAUUCAUGGCGUGCCUUUGAACGAAGCAACUGGCAAACAAUAUACUGGCGGGGAGCUCCGAAAAACUAUUGAAGGAUUUGGAUUGAAACUUGCUCGCACACCAGAGCUUAUGGGUUCUUAUGAAGACAAGGGAAUUGCCAAAAUUUCCUUUUCGACAGUAGAAGAGCGCGAUGCAGCAUACUUUAUGCGUGCCUUUUACUUUGAAGGUCAGCGUGCUAAGCUCCGCAUUUUCCCUGAUGAGUGGUACAACUGUGACAAGUUUAAGGCUCACGGAAAAGAUUUCAAAAAUGGCCGCCCACUGGCAGACCUCAGAAACCAUGACAAAAAACUGCGAGUGUUUCAAACUAAUUGCAAAUUUGAUUUGCAAGUUAAUCAUGAAAUUCUUUUUGAAACUAUGUAUCAGGCUCACAUUGUUAUGACAGAGGGGUGCUGGAAGCAUUCUGAUGGCCGACCACUUGAGCGCCAAGAAUGGAUGCACUUUUAUGAGCAGUACUUUUACGAACAAGGUGGUACCCGUAUGGCCCUUUACGCAUCGCGCAGACCAUACCAGCCUGCUGUUGCCAUUACCAAUACCUACAAGCCCUUUAUUAACUCUUAUUUUAUUGCUGAUUUUCUACUUAUCCAAAUCGAUCGUCCCUCAGACUUGGCUGCACGCGAGCUCUUCGAGGCCCUUCAGGAUCUUUUGCGCGAACACUCAGAAUCCAAAGAAAUCAUUAUUGCAGGCUGCUUCAAUUUGCAGCACAAGAUGUGGGAUGGCUCAGAGGCUCCACCAGAAAUGUAUGCCAAUCGUAUUGCUGAUUUGCUCUCAGAGUUUUCUUUUAAGCGCCUCUCGCCUUUCCCCUCAAAGUUCAUUGAUAGCAACAAUUAUUACACCAACCCCACUGUAUUGUUUGCCCAGAGAUAUAUUGCAAACCGUAUCCACGUUCAUGAUAAUAUUGUACUUUCUAAUGACAUUCUUGAGCAUGUGGAAGAUUAUCAUUAUUUGUCAUGGGACGUGGAAAUUGGUUCUUGA